AGUGAACGAAGAAAAAGCCCGUAGAAAUUUAGAAUGGUAUUGUCGAGUCCUUCAUCACAGAAGAGCAGAGAAGACGAUUGAAUGUCGAUACUGUGGGAGAAGAGCGAGACAUGGAGGUGGCUCGUGAGGAGGACAAAGGAGUCGAAGCCCUUCUUCGUUACGUUCGCCACCAUAUGCGGCGUCGUCCCCGGGAUUAUCGGUUACGCCGUGAUGCAGCUCACCAACUCUCGCAACCCUGAGCUCGAAGCCCGUCUCCGCAACAAUCCCCGACCAGAAACAGUCAUGAUGGGGAAAGCAAAUCGAGAGAGACUGGCAGAAUACCUUGGGGAGCUGCAGCGGAAAGAGGAUACAAAUGACCGUUAUGUUGCUGCUCUGAGAGGACAGACGUUGACUAGGAAACCUUAUGUGAGAAUACAGCCAAUCCCUAAACCAAGCAACACUGGGGCUGAAAAGGAGCAAAAAGCCGAAAAGGAACAAAAGUAGAUGAUGAGGUGGGUCUACUGAUGAUGUGAAGGCUUUCUGUAUCUGGGUAUGUUUAGGUUGUCAUUGGAUGAGUAAUGUAAGGUUUCACUCUUUUUGAAUGAUAUUCAACAUCUGUUCAUUGUGACGAGACAAGUAAUAAAAAUAUUAGUCUUUGAAUGUAAUUCAGCAUCUACUGUGCUUGUUCUGUAAUGUUUCAUGAUAAGCGAGUACUUUUCCCUUCCAAGGUAUACUAUAUAAAAUUAGAUCCAUCUUAUGUUCUUUAUCA